AUGAAGGAUAUCUACAAGGAUGAAGAACUUGUCGUACCUGAAGGGGUUACGGUAACAAUCAAAUCACGUUUUGUCAAAGUAGCGGGACCGCGUGGUUGCUUGACCAAAGAUCUUCGCCAUAUCAAUUUGGAGAUGCAGCAAAAGGGAAAUAAAGUCAAACUUAUCGUAUGGUAUGGUUCUCGUAAGCAUGUUGCUUGCUUACGUACCGUCAAGUCUCAUAUCGAAAAUAUGAUUACCGGAGUUACCAAGGGAUUCGAAUACAAGAUGAGAUAUGUUUAUGCACAUUUUCCAAUUAAUGUUCAUAUAUCGGAUGAUGGAUCUGAAGUUGAAAUCCGUAACUUUUUAGGAGAAAAAGUAAUUAGAAAAGUUAAAAUGUUAGAAGGUGUUGAAGUUAAAAUUUCUCCUAACAUGAAAGAUGAAAUUAUCUUAACUGGCAAUGAUUUGGAAAAUGUUUCUCAAUCAGCUGCAAAUAUUCAACAAUCUACCACUGUAAAAAAUAAGGAUAUUCGAAAGUUUUUGGAUGGUGUUUACGUUAGCGAACGUAGUACAGUGGUUAAGGAAUAA